UGAGAAAGAGAGACAGAGAGGAAGUGAUGGUGUGAUAAUCAGAGGGGUACCUGUCUAUCUGUCUGUCAGUCCCAUGUCCUUCUUGUCAUUUUCAGUCAGAGCUUCUUCAGAGAACACAGGAGACUCUUUGGAGCAAAAAGCCAUGAUGUCUGAUUCCAGGGCGUCGUCUGUCAUCCAGGAAUGGGUCAGCUCGUACUCAGGCCCGGCCCACACAUGCUCCCAAAGCUCCGUCACCCCCAGCCAAGCUGUGCCGACCAGCCAGAUGUCCCAAAUGGAAAUGAUGUCCUACAACCAGUCUCAAGGGAUGUUGAGGGUUGAUGACAGAAUGGCUGAGCAGAUGAUGGGACUGCCCUAUCUGUCCUAUGGAACCACCUGCAUCGGCAACACGCCGCAUUUAGGGAGCUCCAACCAACACCAGAACCAGAGCAACUCUCAGCAGGACUUCCCCUCCUGUCUAAUGCCGUCUCUGCGGCCCCCAGUGACCAAAAGGAGCAUCAGCAAGGACAGCGUGGAGUACCGGCUGAGACGGGAGAGGAACAACAUCGCCGUGAGGAAGAGUCGGGACAAAGCCCGCAGGAGGAUCCUGCUGACCCAGCAGAGAGCCCUGCAGCUGCAGGAGGAAAACCAAAAGCUGCAGAUGAGGAUAGGGCAGCUCACACAGGAGCUGGACACUCUGAAGCACAUCCUGUCACAGCGCCACCUGCAGGGCAGUGAACAGGCAGCAACAGGGGAGUCCAGCAUCUGAAAUUUUACACAUAUUUUGUUUUUUUACAUCAUUGAUUGGCCUUAGAUUUAAUUUCUUUAACACUUUAAGCAUGCUGUAAUUUUGCACAGACAGUUUUUUAUAUUGGUUUAACCCGUCAAUUUACAAUUCAGCAACUGCUGGUCUGAGAAGGAAACAUUUUUAGUUAACUUCCAAAUAAUAAUAAAUGCAUUCUUUGUUGUAAAAUUAUGUUUGCUCUAGCUGACUUUACAGCUUCUUAUUACAAAUUUGUAGUCAAUGCAGUUCUGGUCAAGUGUUUACAGCAUUAGGAAGAAAACAAAAUUAGUCUUCUCAUUUUAGGUCAUUCCAAAAAAUAAGAAACGUCUUACAUUUUAUGGGUUUAACCUAACAUUAAAACCCACCUAUGCUUCAUUUCAGUUAUUUAUUGACAACUGCCUGAAGGAAACAGCCUCUCCAGACCUUUAUUAUCAGCACACUGGGCCUCAAAGAACAAAAGAUGAAUAUCUUUAGACUGAAUUUCACAGAAAAUGCUCCAUUGAUGCAGUCUUUAUCCUCUCUCAAAGACAAACAUGUGCUAAGUUCUCUUAUUGACAUACACAAAUGCAGAUGUUGCAUCAUUUCAUGUGAGUAAAGUAACCUUUUUUUAAAUAAAACAAGAACCUAUUUUUGUUUUGCA